AUGGGAUAUCGAACUCAAGCCAUGAUGCGCUGCAUUUUGGCCUUCUCUGCGGCUGCCUCUAUUGCCAGCGCCCAACUCGUCGGCAACGGCAACCUGCGCGAUGCGUAUGACUAUGUAAUCGUCGGCGGCGGCCCAGGCGGAAUGACGCUUGCCAACCGACUCUCGGAGAAUAGCUCCGUCACAGUCCUCCUCAUCGAGGCGGGGCCACUCCACGACUACGAGAAAGCCAUCAUGAUCCCACGAUGGCAGCCUCUGAGUGCCCUGGAACUUCAAUAUCAAUGGGAGUUGUUGACAGUACCACAAACAGAACUACUUUUACGCCCAGUCUCUUUAGAGCAGGGCCGUCUACUUGGUGGAGGAAGCUCGAUUAACAUCAUGUUGAUGAACCUCGGUGCUCCAGCCGAGUUUGAGGCGUGGGCAAACUUUGGAAAUCCUGGAUGGGACUGGGAGGGCAUCACGCCAUACUAUCGCAAGGCCGAGAAAUAUACUCCUCCAACUUCUGAACAGGUCGCCGAGUUCGAUAUCACAUACGACGAGGCGUGUCACGGCUUCGACGGCCAGGUAGCAAGUGGCUACAGUGCGUGGCACUAUCCACAGAACAGUCUUUGGCAGGAAGGCCUGGACUCGUUAGGGAUUAAACGAGCAUAUGAUCCGCUCUGUGAUCCGCUGGGCUCCUUCUUCAGCCCCCACGCCCUCGAUCACACUAAUCAGUCCCGAGUGGAUGCCAGGAUUGCCUACUUCGAUCCCAUCUUUGGUGCUGGCGGCACACCAAGGGAUAACAUUGACGUUAUCGUGAACACGAUGGUGACGAAGCUCAUUAUGACCAACGAUACGGCGGAUGGCACCACUAUUGUCACUGGCGUGGAGUUUGCCGAAUCCGCUUUGUCUCCUCGUACCACGGUGAACGUCACAAAGGAGGCAAUUGUCUCGGGUGGUGCUAUUCAAACACCUAAGUUGCUGCAAUUGAGCGGUAUCGGUGAUGCAAAGGUGCUCGAGGCCCUGGAUAUUGACAUCAUAGUCGACCUGCCAGGCGUGGGUGCCAAUUUGCAGGACCAUCCUGGUGCAUGGAAUGUUGGCGCAGUUGGGUUGGGUAUCCCAAAUGAGCCCGAGGAAUGGCUGAACCCAAUUCUCGAUAGCGAACAAGGCGACCUGUACUACAGCAAUCGAACCGGUCGUUGGACCGAGGCAGGUGACUGUCUGGCGUUUAUACCAUAUAACAACAUGUCCUCCAGCAAGGAAAUUGCUGCCCAGGUCCUUGCCAGCAUGGAUACAGACACAUCGCUCACCUAUCUGCCACCCGACACACACCCCGACGUUGCCGCCGGAUACGCUGCCCAAGUGGACGCUAUCCGCGGCAUGACUAUCAACGGCACCACGGCUGGCGCAGAAAUGAUCUGGUUCGGUGGCGGCUUCGAGGUUGUCAACGUGCUCAUGUCGCCCUUGUCGAGGGGGACGGUGCGCCCCGUCACCAAAGACCCCUUUGUGAACCCGGCCGUCGACCCGCGCUACGCCACUCACCCUGCAGACAUGGCUAAACUUGUCGACUCGCAGGAAUUCUACCGCAAGCUCAUUGCCACGCCGCAGAUGCAGGAAAUCGGUUUGGUCGAUGUCACCCCGGGUCCGCUGGUGCAGGGGAGAGCUGCGCUCGAGUUGUACGUCAAGGGUGUGCUGACGACGGCCUGGCAUCCGGUGGGUACGUCCGCCAUGCUGCCGCGUGAGAUGGGCGGUGUUGUUGAUUCAAACUUGAAUGUCUACGGCGUUAAGAACUUGCGCGUCGUCGACGCCUCGAUUAUGCCCUUGUUGGUGUCGGCGCACACGAUGGGAACGACGUAUGCCAUCUCGGAAAAGGCUGCCGAUAUUAUCAAGGCAACGUGGCACCUGGACGUGCACAUCUUCGAGUCUGCGUCGGCCUUCAAGGAAGCGGGCUUGGCAAUUGGGGUGACGCGCAAUGCCUUGGCGGCUCUGGACCUCAUGGGACCUUCAAUCGUCCAGGCUCUUGAGCGGGCUGGGGCCGUUCCGAUGCGAGGAGUUCGUUUCAUGUUGGCGCAAGGCGAAGAACAAGGCAAAGUCGUGGACGAAGUGGAUGAGAAGACGGCAGGACAGCGUCUGACAAGCAUUGUGCAUCGUGCACCAUUCCUUAAGAAACUGCUGGCUGAUGCUCCUCAAGAGCGCAUGCACACGGCAAAGAAGCUUGACCGAGUUGAGCGAAAUGCACUUGGACCCGUCACGCUCCAUUUCACCGAUGGGACUACCCACGAGUGUGAUAUUCUGAUAGGUGCCGACGGUAUUCACAGCACUGUUCGAAAAGUCGUACUCGGCGACGAUCCUUCAGCUGCCCCGAGGAACACGGGAGUUUGGGUCAUCAUGACCCUUCAGCCGUAUGCAGAGGCCCAAGAAAGCCUUGGCGAUGGAACUAUUGAUAUUGAAGAGGCUCGCGAGUACUCUUGUAUUGGAAAAGGCACUUACGUGCUCCAUAAUCUUUUGCAAGGUGGACAGCUAGUUCAGUUUGUUGUGGCCUCCAAGGACGAAAAUGUGUCUCCCGAUCAUUGGCACCGCCAUCUGCUUUGUCGUCAAUCAGAGCAUCACGCCAUCUAUCUAUGGGAAUAUCCACCAGCACCUACAUAUGUCUCUGGACUUCUUUGUAUUAUGGGAGAUGCUGCUCACGCCACAACUCCCUGGCAUGGAUCAGGUGGUGGUAUGGCCAUCGAAGAUAGCCUCAUCCUUUCAACGCUGCUUGGGAGAUCAGAAACGACUGAUGAUGCUCUGGCGGCGUUGAAAGCAUACGACAAGACUCGUCGCCCACGCACUCAGCGUAUCGUUGAAUCCAGCCGCGUGACAGGUGAAAUUCUGACUGGCAAUAGCGAGGAAAUGGAUUUCUGCGCCAAACAUCCAGGCACCUUGCUACAAAGAUGGGAUUUCAUCUUGGACAUCGAUAUGAAGAAGCAUCGUGACGAGGCUGUGACAAUCAUGGAAGCCGAGCUCAAGAGCAGGAAAACAACGUCGUGGUAA